AUGAUGCGCUACGUGCUGUGUAUCCUCGCUCUCCUGCUCUCCUGUGCGUGUGUGCACGUCCUCGCUGAAGAAGUGCCUGCCGCCGAUCUUUCCGACCAAGUCCCUGAUACGGAGAGUGAGACAAAGAUUCUUCUUCAUCAGAAUGGUGUUGAUGGUUCUAAGUGCCCCCCUGAAACUCCUGGACGUGCUUGUACUCCUUCUCCUGUAUCAGAAGCACAAUCAGUAUCUCCACAUCCUUCACUUCCUCUUCCUCCUGUUGCUCCUGCUGGUGCUGAAGGUGAUACAUGUCCUGGUGAUGGUACUAGUGUUACUUGUAAUAACGUUGCUGUAGAUAGAUCCGAUGUAGGUGGUAUGGAUCUAUCUACAGCAAACAUCGCUGGUCCAACGGUACAACUGCCUGAAGCUCCACAAAGAGAUGGUCUUGAUCCUGCUGUAAGUACAUCAACUAAAGGACCUGAAGGAGCACAUCCCGCUGGUGCUCAAGCUGAAGAAGAGAAU